AUGGGAAGCACAUCCACAAAUCCAGGCUACAUUCUCCGAAACCACCGCCCAGGAGACAUAGGAUGGAUCAUCCACCGCCACGGGGUCCUAUACAACCAAGAAUACGGCUGGGGCGAGCGCUUCGAAGGCCUUGUAGCUGGCAUCGCCGCAGACUUUAUCAAGAAUUUCGAUCCCCAAGCAGAACGCUGCUGGAUCGCCGAGCGAGAGGGCGAGUUCCUCGGAUGCGUUAUGCUUGUGAAAGAUGAUUCCCCGGCCAAACAUGCGGCAAAGAUUCGCCUGCUUCUUGUCGAGCCUAAUGCACGUGGACUCGGGCUGGGAAGGGCGCUGGUGCGGCAGUGUACGGAGUUUGCUAGGGAGGUUGGGUAUUCUCAUGUUGGGUUGUGGACGCAGAGUACUUUGGUCCGGGCACGGCAUAUUUAUGGGAGUGAGGGGUUUGUGCAUGUCAAGACUGAGGAGCAUUCGUCGUUUGGGAUUAAGUUGGAAGGGGAGCUUUGGGAGUUGGAGCUGUAG